UUGGCGUUUACUGUAGUGCUAACAAACGUCCGGUUGAUCUGGAGGUGGAAAUACUAGGAGUUGAACGUAAACCAUGAACGCGGUAGUUGGUUUCAAGACUUCGAAAGGACUAUUCCACUGCUAACUUUUCUGCCUGCGGAUGAAAUAAUGAAGUUCUUUGCGUACAUUUUCUGUACGGUGGGUACUGUAAUUACUGUGAGUUAUGGAUUGGUUGUGCCGGAAGUACAGCGGAGAUUUUCCCACAAUCCGCUGGAGAACAACUUCAUCCCUUAUGAAGGGCCACAAUUCAAGGAAUUCGAUUGGAAUCUAUGGAAGGUGAUGACACGAAAGUAUACAGGAAAUAUUCUAAUAUCUCCAUUAUCUCUGAAGAUUGCGUUAGUUUUAAUAUGGGAAGGUGCCCAAGAAGAAACUGCACGAGAAUUGGCAUCAAUUUUGCAACUCCCAGGCGGAAACUACGCAGCCAGAAAUAAAUUUUCUGUUAUUCUUCGUUCACUUCAGCCUUUUACUGGUGAAGUUCCACUGAAACUUGGGACGAGAAUUUAUUUGGAUGAUUCCAUUUCAUUGAAACAAAGUUAUGCGUCAGUCAUAAAGACGUUUUAUUCAACGGAUAUCGUUUCUUCUAAUUUUGCUGAUGCUCUCACAGUACCUCACGAUGUUAAUUCCUGGGUGAGAAAUUUGACCAAUGGACGUAUUGAAAAAAUGAUUGAGAACGAAAGUACUUUGGAGAAUCCGGUGAUGCUUGUGAUGAACGCUCUCUUCUUCAAAGGGAUCUGGCAGAAUAAUGAGUUUCCAGCGCAAGAAACUAGAUCAGAAAAGUUCUACGAAUCCUCAGGGAAUAUCAUCGAUGUUCCUUUCAUGAAGGCAGUUGGGGAAUUUAAUUAUGUAGAAUCACCGGAGCUCGAUGCCAAAAUUCUAAAAAUUCCAUAUCUGGGCCAAAAAAUGGCAAUGUACAUUGUAUUACCAAGGACUCAGGAUGGUCUUGACACAGUAAUUAAAAACAUUAAUUCCCAUAUUUUGAUGAGACUCGUGAGGAGCAUGCAAAUAUUCUCAGUGGAAAUAAAACUUCCGAAAUUCAAUCUUGAGUACACAAGCCAUAUGGAACCCGUUUUACGUGAGAUGGGUAUUAAGAGCAUCUUCACGAAUACCGCGACUUUGACGGGUAUUGCUAAAGCUAAAAGGGGAGCGGCUCAAGUGCUGGUAUCUGAUAUUGUGCAGAAAGCCGCAAUUGAAGUUGAUGAAGGAAGCAGUUAUGUUGGUGCAGCAGCAAAUUUAGGAAGUGUUCCGGACCGGAAAUUCAUCGCAAGUCAUCCUUUUCUCUUUUACGUUGAGGAUGAAAUAACCGGAACAAUAUUGUACAUGGGCAGAAUGGAAAACCCAUUGCAAACUGUUGGAAAUACGGAAACAUCCACAAUCUCCACGCUCAUGCAUCCAGAUGAACAGUUCAGUACACACCAACUAUCAGCUUAUCCAAUCGGCAACGGCAAUUCACAGAGAUCUAAUUAUUUCAACGUCGAACUUCUACAGGCUGCAUGUGAAGGCAAUUCCGAAAACAUAAUAAUUUCUCCAUUUAGUGUAAAAUCUGCGUUGACAAUAUUGUCUGAGGGAACAGGUGGAAACACACGAGAGGAACUUCUGGCAGCCCUAAGGCUUCCCUCGGAUCCAACAGAGAUCCAUGCUCUAUCAAAAGAGGCAUUAGCGUUGCUCCAGGAUAAUAGAAUUAGCUCUGAAAUUACAUUGGCAAAUCGUCUGUGGGUUGGACGAGGGAUUGAGCUAUCUGGAGAUUACAAUAGAUUGCUUCGCACACAUUAUGGUGGAGAUGUACGAAUGAUUAAUUUUAGUGAUGUCGUCGGAGCUGCAGCAGUCAUUAAUGAUUGGGUUCGUCAAGUAACCAGAAAUAACAUUCAGUCAAUCGUAGAUAACGGAAACAUUGGCCCGGGUACUCAAUUACUUUUAACCUCUGCUAUUUAUUUCAAUGGUCGUUGGUUAAAAUCCUUCGAUGCUACCUCAACAAGGACACGUUGUUUCCACACGUUCAAGACGGACUGUCAAGAAGUUUCUAUGAUGGAGAAUGUUGCAACCUAUAAAUUUGCGAAUAUACCUAGUCUCGAUGCUCAGGUCGUUGAGAUUCCAUAUGCGGAUGGCAGAUUGUCUAUGAUAGCAAUUUUGCCAAACAAAAAGGGCCUUCGAGGUCUCCAGACAUUGUGGAAAGAUCUUGCCUAUACCUCAGUGGCAAACAUCCUUUCAAAUCUCCAAGAAACCGAAAUUAUUCUUCAAAUACCGAAAUUCAGUAUUGAAAGCAAAAUUGAACUACGACCAGCCUUGGAAUCCUUGGGAAUCAGAGACCUUUUUGGAUAUCCCGCAAAUAUAACUGGAAUCUUGACCGGUAGCUCAUCUCAAGUUGAAAGCGUCCUUCAUAAUGCUAGGAUGGAUAUAGACGAAAUGGGAACAGUUGCUGCUGCGGCUACAGUAAUUUCGGUGGUGCCUUUGAUGGGGUCAACCAUGGAGGUUUUCCGAGCAGAUCGUCCCUUCGUCGUCAUGAUUGUGGAUCGACCAACAGCGAGUAUCAUUUUCGCUGGUCAAAUUACCUAUCCCACCCCAGCGUAAUCUCCACAAUUGAUUAGUACGAUCAUCACCUAGGAAAUGAAACUCCAGUAAAACCUACCACUAAUUCACUCAAAGGAGGAAUAUAAGAAAGUGGAAAUCAAGAAUGAAGAACAAAAUAAGAACUGAAGUUACUCGAAUACGUUUUUAUACUCAAAUAAAAUAAGUUAUAUACCAGU